CUUACUUAGGCCGCUCCGGGAGUGCGAUGCUGAUACGGCAUACGCCUCUGCUGCUGUCCAAGCGCAUUGUCUUAGCUUCGGCUUCUCCACGUCGUUUUGAGCUGUUUCAAAGAAUGGGGCUCAAGGUGGAGGUAAUUCCAUCCACGUUUGAGGAGACAUUGGACAAGCUGCAAUAUGCGACUCCUGGAGAUUAUGCUGCGGAAACCGCCACUCACAAAGCCAUUGAAGUUUCUAGGAGAUUGAUACAACUCGAGAGCCAGAGGAACGUGGAUUUAAUCGUUGGAGCUGACACAGUCGUGGAGCUUGACGGAAUGAUUCUGGAGAAGCCUCGCGAUGAGAAAGACGCCUUUCGAAUGCUGUCCCUGUUGAGCGGCCGACAACACAAAGUUUACACGGGAGUUGUCAUCCUCCUGCCGCAUGCCACAGAUCCCACGCUCGGACAGGCACCAUUGUUACGAUCAUUCUACGAGGAGACUGCUGUGGAGUUUGGUAAUCUGGACGAGGCUACCAUCACAGCAUACAUCGCGACCGGGGAGCCCAUGGACAAAGCUGGCUCUUAUGGCAUCCAGGACGCGGGCGCCUCACUCGUCAAGUCCGUCAAUGGAUGCUUCUACAACGUCGUUGGCUUCCCAAUCCACCGGUUUUGUCUGGAGUUGGAGAGUCUCAUCGGGAGCGGAAUGCUCCGGGAGAACAAUCCAGCACCGACAGAGCUCUGAAAUUUGCCUGCCACUAAAUAUCUAGAGAAAGACGAGACGAGGCGGCUUCUCGCUCCGCCCCGUUUCGGUGCAAGAAGCUCUCUCAAAACUCUAGAUGAGAUGAAAGGGUGGCCAUGCUAUCUCUUCGGCAAAAAGAUUUUUUUUUUUGUGUGUUUUUGCUCAAAUGGUUUUCUCGUUUUGUGUAGACGAAAGAUAUCAUCGCUCGUCAUGCAUACAAUGCCGCGUCGGCUUCUGCUUCCCGGCUGGACUCUUCCUCCUUUGGAUUUUUCCCCAGCUCGCUCAAUUCCCAGCGAAAAUCUCGUCACAUUUAACCACAGUUCACCGUGGUCGGAUCUAAUCACUAUCUAGAUUACCUGUUU